CCAGAGUUUAUGAGAAAAAGACUGUUAAUUCAGUGUAAAGUUGCACGAUCUCCCUCCAUGGGGACGUAUGAGCAUUAAUGGAACUUGCCGUGGGGUAAACUGUUUGCUCAAGCUAAACAUUCACAAAUAAACUAUUUGAACAAGCUGACAGAGAGCAAAGACAACUAAGCCACGACCUCUAUUGUUAAAAACCACAUUAGCGUGUGUCCGGGAUUAUGUAAUGUGAAAGAAAACGUUGGUUUAUCUUAAAACAAAAUAUACAAUCAAAUUAUAGGGUUUAGAGAAAGGCUAAAUGCCGAAGUAUGGAAAAAGUCCCCAAAAGAGUCUAAGGAAGACCUAAGAUACUUUGUUUUGUCCGUGUCACCCGUGAUUUAAUACUUUCUUCACCUUUUUACUGACCCCAUAAUUCUUACCUAAUCAACACCUUUUUUUUCCAACGUCGAUGUCAGAUGAACAAAAAGAGUAUAACAAAGUAAUAUGAGUUAUUUGGGCCUGUCACGCAGAGUAAUCAAGAGAAAAUUGCCUCUAAUUAAGAUCUGAAGGGUUUCCCAAAAGAAAUGCCGACUUCUGACAGAAUAUAGAGAAAAGCAAUAAGUUACAACAAACUCCGGCUAUAAUGUUGUACUGAUUAGUUUGCAAAGGGAGGAGACCAGGGUCCUUUUGGAACAAUUAAGUGCAAUUUGAUACCAUCAGAGACAUCAGCAUCCAUACAGUGAAACUGACAUCGAACGUCUUCGGCCUGACGUCAUAAGGUUCUAUGUCCGGUUUCUUGUCAUAUCCAGGCAAAUACAUGAAAUGUAUGUGCUCCAGAAUAAGACAGCUUGAAAUGAAGGAACUGCUUUGUAAGACACUGUUGCCCAUGGUAACUGAGACAAACUGCGCAGACCUGUAUAGAUAUCCGUGUGAUUCUGCCAGGCCCUGGGCAGUUGCAGCGCGGCUUUGCUCCCGAGAGGUCCUUUUGAGAUUGACGCUGGUAGGGUCUGACGCUAUAGCCACUUUGAACUUCUUUCUGAAGAUUUCCUGAAGAAAACCUCUCACAAUCCGAACAUGAAGUGUUUCAUCGCGCUUGUGCUGUUCAUGUGCGCCACCUGGCGGCUGACCGAGGGAGCUGCAUACUCGUCAGAACUGAAGAGUGAGACCAAGAUGUAUGGCCCUACAGGGAAGGCCCGGGUGGUGGACGUGCCCUACUGUGAGUGGGAGGGAAUUAAGAUGAUGAUCGGGAGUGGCUGGAGGACGGUGGGGUGUGAGGAGUGCUCAUGUAGCAACGAUGGGCUCUUCUGUGCAAGCCCGGGCCUGUACACUGUUCCUGACCACUGCCUGAUGCUGGUAAAUGAGAACUGUGAGACAGAAAUGGUCGACUCUAACGAUCCCCUCAAACCCUGCACCUUCCCUGGGCCUGAUGAGGAGCAGUGAGCUGCAGUACCGGCAGAUGUCACUAGGCUCCUUUGGGAUCCUUUCUACCACUGUGAUUGUGAAAUCAAGGAUGUUUUAUCUGCUGAAGGCUCCUUGGUAAAAUGGACACUGAUUUUUUUUGACAACUCGUUUUUUUUCUGUGAUAUGUUGUCCACUGUUGUCUUAACUUUGACUGAAUGUAACAUUUUGUUUGUCUUGUUUUAGUUACAUGUAUGGUGGGCCCCCUUGGAAAUCAACUUUCAAAAUUUUGUAGGGGCCACCCACCUGUUUUGAGAUAAAUAAACAAAUAAAUAAAAAAUUUCAGCAAGUCAAUUACUGUAAAUGUAUUUACG